AAGAAGAAGAGGUUGGAAACGGUACACCCGCCCUUUACGCUUCAACAUUUGGAAAUCCGUUUUUUGUACAUUAUAGACAUGGCUUCCAAGCUUGCUAUGCUUUCGGUGAGGGCUGGUGCUCGUCGCUCGGUGGUUGCUGUCAAGCCCACCCGCACCGUCACCCCCAUUGCCAACGGCCACUCUCUCGUCGUUCCCUACGCGCACCUCGCCAUCACCGACUUCCAGAACGGUGUGCCAGCUGAGCAGGUCCGUGAAUUGGAUCCCCGUGAGAAGCGCUGGGACUUCUGGACUACUUCCGAUGCGUUCUCGGAGGUGAAGCCCAAGUUUGGGGGUGUUAGCUGGGUUCCUAACGGCGAGAUUUGGGUUAUGGAGCGAAGUGGACAGCCUUCCAAGGUCCUUCAGGCUGGUACCCACUUUUUGAUCCCUGGUAUCGACAAGAUCAAGGCUGUCAAGGCUGCGCACCCUGUCGUUAUGGGUGUUGUUAGCCCCAGCAAUGUUACCAAGGAUGGAAAGAAGGUGGACGCGUACGCUGUUGUGUACAUCAAGGUUACUGACCCAGUAGCGUCUGCUUUCUACGUUGACGCCGAGACCAACCAUCCCGACUCUGAGCGCGCAGCCGCCAAGACCGUGCGUAAGAUUUUGCAGCGCGAAGUGGCCAACUUUGGUGUUACCGCGGACGGCGAGAUCUCGAGCGCCGACAAAACCGCCCUUGCCCAAAAGAUCACUGCUGCUUUGAAGGCCAAGGAGGCAGAGUUUGGUUUGGAGGUCAUAAAUGUUGAAAUCCGUGGCGCCUUCCCUACGGAAGCCAACGUUCCCGACAAGCUCCGUGCCCUUGACCCUCCUCUCCGCCCCGUUGACGCUGCCGGCCACGGUUUGAGCGCCGAUUACUGGUCCGAAGUCCUCAGUCCUCCCUUCUUUGAGAAGCGUACAUUCGGAAGCAACAAGGAGAUCCGGACACCAGCUACCGUGUCCCUUGAAUGGGCCAUUCCCUCUCCUCCCGACUACCAUCACUUUAACGAGGUGCCAAAGAUGACUGUUCCUCCCAGCAAGGAGGUUGCAAAAUCUCACUAAGUCAUCCUGGACAUUUGCGGUAUCAUUUGGGGAUGAUAAUGUAUGUCAACCACAGAGUUGGUCCGUGCGCUCAUGUGAACAAGAGGGGGUUUGCUUUGCAUGAAGGUCCUGUGUUGACUUGGUGGGAUGCGCUAUCUAAAAAUACCAUACAAUAUUUUUCUUUCUCUUCGUCGUGUUUUUAACGAUCUCAUUUAUUUCAUCUCGGUCCGGUUAUUUUUUUAUGAAAUGGAUGAAAUAUGUUAGAGGUCUAGUCUAAUUUUGUCUACCUAUCACUAUAACUUGUACCGCCGAAUAGGAGCUUUUACCGGUGCAUUCCUUGCAGACCUUGCCGCGCCUUGCGUCUUGGACAACCAGGUGCCAACGGCCUCUGCACAUUCCUUCCCAGCAUCAUCCAAAUGAAGAUGGUGCCCACCUUCUAUGGAUAAAAUUUCC